GUGUUCAAGAUCACAUCUUCAUCCCAAACAGAAAAAAAAAAAAACGGAACACAACACCAUCGAACCGGAACCAGUCAAACCACAUCGAUAAUAAUAAUGGCAGACCCGAUCCCAGACGAACCGGACAUGGACGAGCUUUACCCGGACCCUGACAAAGGGAAAAAGGCCAAGAAGAACAAAAAGAAGGGGAACAAGCCAAUUGCAGACGACCUGGAUGAGGACGAACUACUGGAGCAGGCACGAAAGGCUCGGGAAGAAGCAGAAGCGAAGAUGAAAACCGAACAGCCAUCAUCGCCGCCUUUGAACAACGAAAACGAUCAAACCCCAGAAACAAAAGGCGUAUUGUCUAAGAAGGAGAAAGAAAAACUGAAGAAAGAGAAGGAGAAGGCCAAGAAGAAAGCUCAAGCCGCAUCCAAGAAAGCCACAACAGCUGAUUCGGAUCCCAAGACCGAUGCGAUCCCACCUAAGAGUGAUCCAAUCAAGCCAUCGGUCGAAGAAGUCCCAGCCACCCCAGCUGCUGAUAACGAGGAUGGUGAGGUCGAGAAUGAAGCCCAAGCUACAGGCACGACAUCCAAAAAUAAAAAGAAGAAAAAAAAGGCUAGCGAAAAGGCUGAAGCUCCGAAGGAAGAGCCCAAAAAGAAAGUCGGGGGCAAACUGUCAGCACUUCGAGCAGCAAUGGAAGAGCGUCAAAGGUUAGAAGCUGAAGCUAAGGCCAAGGCCGAGGAGGAGGAGCGACUGAGGCAAGAAGAAGAAGAUAGACUUGAAGCUGAAGAAAAGCGCAAAGAAGAAGAAAAGGCACGGAAGAAGGAGAGAGAAAAGGCCAAAAAGGAAGAAUUGAGGAAAGCGGGUAAACUGUUGACUCCCAAGCAGAAAGCAGAGAAAGCCGCAGCUGAGCUUCGACUCAAGGCUCUUGUCGAAUCGGGCGCCGUGGUAGUGGGCAUACAAGAACGCAAUGAAACCGCUCCAUCCUCAGGUGCGAAGAAGGUGACAUAUGGAAACCGUAAAAAAGGUCCAAAGAAGGAUCCCACGACUGACUCUGUGAAGCCCGAAUCUAAACCGGAACCUGUUCCUGAUGUCAGCAAGCUUGAAAUUGCUGAAACUCCCACGCCCCCAGCCGCUAGCUCUCCCUCACCUCCGCCCCCCGAACCUCCCGUCCCCGAAGAACCAGACGUGAAGGAUGACUGGGAGGCUGAAAGUGACGAUGUGAAAGAUGAUUGGGAAGCAGGAAGUGAAGAAGACGAAAAACCGAAACCCGCCCCGGCUAAGUCGACAGGCGCCAAAUCCACAAAACCGCAGGAAGCUUCGAUUUCAUCGAAAGCCAACAAAGCUAACGAAAACAAAGCCCCACCUGCCGGCAAGGCCUCUGGAAAGCCCUCACAGGCAGCUUCCAAGUCAAGCAAACCUGAAGCACGACCAAAGGAUACAAUUGUUGGCGAUUCAAAAUCUAAACCAAGUGGCUCUAAUGCAACGGCAACGAAAAAUGCCAAAGCUGAGGCGGCUAAAGAGGCGAAAGAAUCGGAGGAAUCUGACGAGGAAUCAGAUUCGGAUUCAGAUGAUUCGGAUUCCGACUCCGGCUCCGGCUCCGACUCCGACUCUGAUUCGGAUGACUCUGACUCGGAUUCGGACGAGGAGGGACAGAAGAUGUCCACGGCUCGCAAGAUGGCCGCACAGAAAAAGGCUGAAGCUGCAGCCAGACGAAUCAAGCGUCAUGAAGAGGCGAUGGCCGCCCGGAAACCUGAAGAUAUGCGCAGUCCGAUCUGUUGUAUAUUGGGACACGUCGAUACUGGGAAAACCAAACUUCUUGAUAAGAUUCGACAAACUAACGUCCAAGAAGGUGAAGCUGGAGGAAUCACUCAACAGAUUGGAGCCACCUUCUUCCCUAUGGAAGCCAUCAAACGGAAAACUGCUGUCAUGGCGGAAAACGACCUCAAGCAAUACAAGCUUCCUGGCCUACUGAUGAUCGAUACCCCCGGACACGAGUCAUUUACGAACCUACGUAGUCGAGGAAGUUCGCUUUGCAAUAUUUCAAUAUUGGUCGUCGAUAUCAUGCACGGUCUAGAGCAGCAGACUCUUGAAUCUUUGAAGCUUCUUCGUGAUAAGAAAACUCCGUUCAUCGUUGCCCUUAACAAGAUCGAUCGUCUCUACGGUUGGACGGCCAUAAGGGAGAAUGCAUUCCGAGACUCACUUUCCAAACAAGUCCGACCUGUCCAACGAGAGUUUGAGACUCGUUUGGAAUCGGUUAUUCUUGCCUUUGCCGAACAAGGGCUGAAUGCAGUACCUUACUACGAAAAUACGAACUACUCCAAAAACGUCUCACUUGUUCCCACUUCAGCUGUCACCGGAGAGGGGGUACCUGAUCUACUGAUGCUGUUAAUCAAACUAACGCAGGAGAGGAUGUCAGAAAGAUUGAUGUACCUCUCUGAACUCGAGUGUACCGUUCUGGAGGUCAAAGUGAUCGAAGGGCUAGGGACGACGAUCGAUGUCGUUCUGUCGAAUGGAGUCCUACGAGAGGGUGACAAAAUUGUCGUUUGUGGUCUAAAUGGUCCGAUUGUCACCCAAGUUCGAGCGCUUCUUACUCCUCAACCUAUGAAGGAGUUGAGAAUCAAAGGACAAUACGUACAUCACAAGGAAGUCAAGGCUUCACUGGGGAUUAAAAUUGUGGCUCCUGAGCUUGAGAAAGCCAUUGCAGGCUCUCGUCUCCUGCUACUGACUGAGGACGAUGAUGAGGAAGAUUUGAAGGAAGAGGUGAUGGGUGACUUGACGAAUUUGAUGAGUAACAUCGAUAAAUCGGGUCGAGGUGUUUGCGUACAGGCCUCAACCUUGGGCUCCCUGGAAGCAUUACUAGAGUUCUUGAGGACGAGUAAAAUCCCAGUCUCUGGAAUCAAUAUUGGCCCCGUAUAUAAACGUGAUGUGAUGCGGGCAGGUACGAUGUUGGAGAAAGCUAAAGAGCUGGCGGUCCUAUUGGCAUUUGAUGUACCGAUUGACAAGGAUGCUGAAAAAUUAGCUGAGGAAACAGGUGUCAGGAUUUUCAAAGCCGAUAUUAUUUAUCAUUUGUUUGACGCCUUUACGGCUUACAACGCUGAUAUCAUGGAGGCCAAGAGAAUCGAUUCAGCGCCGAUCGCAGUCUGGCCAUGUCGGCUGAAGAUUAUCCAGGCUUUUACAAAGCGAGAUCCCAUCAUUGUUGGCUGUGAUAUUCUGGAAGGUACUUUGAAAGUCGGCACUCCCCUCUGUGUUGUUAAAGUUGAUCCGACCACGAAGGCGCGAACAACGAUUCCGCUGGGGAAAGUUACAUCCCUAGAGAUUAAUCACAAAUCGGUCCAGACUCUUAAACGAGAACAAGCAGGGGCAGGUGUAGCAGUCAAAAUUGAACACGCUUCCUACCAAUCAGCUAUGACUUAUGGGCGUCAAUUUGAUGACAAAGAUGAACUGAUCAGUCAAAUUAGUAGACAAUCUAUUGACGUCCUCAAGAACGUCUUUCGAGCAGAGGUUUCUAAAGAUGAAUGGGCUCUGAUCGUCAAACUCAAAAAGGAAUUGAUGAUCGAUUAGAUCAUAAUGGCUAGGGUGCCGAAACUAUUCUGGAUUCAGUUGGAUUGUAUCUGGAAACGAGUUUUGAUAUUCGAACUAUUCUCAUAGAUGUCCUUGUAUAAAUUCGUAGAUUUCCUCUUUGCCUUUUUUACCCUCACAUUCAGCAAUUGAUUGCUGUGCUGACUCACCUCGCCCCGCUGCCAUCAC